UCAUUCAGAGGGAAGUCGUUGCUUGCGGUCGUAUUUUUAUGCACUCCAUAAACACGAAAAGGUCCCGACUCAUUGUUUCUAAAAGUAUAGUCGAUUAAAUUCAUCAGUAGCCAUGACCCAGGCUGAAAAAGAACAGGACAACGGGAAGGAGAAAGAAAAGGAACGAGACAAGGAGAAAGAGAAGGAGCAACAGCGCGGGGUGAAGCGACCCAUCGCUCCUCCGACCAUCCCAGACCCCCUUCAGGAGCAAAUACAGAGCAAUUUUGUGGUUGUCAUCCACCCUGGUUCAAGGACACUCCGCAUUGGCCGAGCAACAGACACUCUUCCGGUGACCAUCCCACAUGUGAUAGCACGCAGACACAAGCAAAGUGGACAGCCCAGAUAUGAAGAUGCCUGGCUGUUGAGAGAAGGUCUAAAUAAAGCAGAGAGUAAUGAGCAGAGGCAGAAUGGGCUUAAAAUGGUCGACCAGGCCAUCUGGUCCAAGAAGAUGUCAAAUGGAGUGCGGAGGACACCCGUGUCCGCUGAACAGGCCAGAGCCUAUAACUGUCAGAUUCGCCCAGCAGUACUAGACAGCAGCUCCAGGGUGAAGUGGACCAGCACAACCCACCAUCCUCCUCAUCUGGUGGGAGAGGAGGCUCUUUAUGUCAAUCCAUCCGACUGUUACAACAUCCACUGGCCUAUGGUGAGAGGUCAGCUCAAUGUGCACGCCGGUCCCGGGGGCUCACUGACUGCUGUCCUGGCUGACCUGGAGACGAUCUGGAGCCAUGUCAUUCAAAAGCAACUGGAUAUCCCCCUCAAAGACCUAAAGUAUUACAGAUGCAUCCUGUUGGUUCCAGACAUCUACAACAGGCAGCACGUCAAGGAAGUUGUCAACAUGCUGUUGCUUAAUAUGGGCUUCUCAGCGAUCAUCGUGCACCAGGAGUCUGUGUGUGCUACGUUUGGCAGUGGGUUGAGCAGUGCUUGUGUCGUGGAUGUUGGAGACCAGAAAACCAGUCUUUGCUGUGUAGAGGAUGGAGUGUCCCACCGGAACUCCAGGCUGUGUUUGGCUUACGGUGGCUCAGAUGUGACCCGCACUUUCUUCUGGCUCCUGCAGAGGGCAGGCUUUCCCUACAGAGACUGUCAGCUGUCCAGCAGACUGGACUGUCAGCUGCUCCAGCAUCUGAAAGAGACUUUCUGCCAUCUAGAUCAAGACAUAUCAGGACUACAAGAUCAUGAAUUCCAGACACGUUUCCCAGAAGCCCCAGCUCUUCUCUACCAGGUUCGACUGGGGGAUGAGAAAUUAGAGGCACCCAUGGGUCUUUUCUACCCGACCACAUUUGGCAUCGUAGGCCAGAAGAUGACGUCACUUCAGUACCGUUCCCAAGGUGACUCGGAGGACCCUCAUGAUGAACACUACCUGUUGGGCACUCAGAGCAAGCAGGACCAGUCCUCCAAAUCAGCUGCAGACAGGAAGGCUGUUUCCAGACCAGGUGGAGGUUUGGAUGGUGAGAUGACCGGCCAGGGAGGGGUCGGGGAGCUGUCUGACUUGCCCAGGGGCUGUGGGAGUGGCAGCGGUGGAGGAGCAAUGAAGGGGGAGACCGAGCUUGGGCCUUCACAGGGGGAGUGCCUGAUGGGAGCAGGAGAGGUGGAGGAGCCCCUGUCUGCCCACCUGUCAAGGAAGACCGCUAUCAUGAGCCAGUUUGAGAGCAAAGCACUGGGCCUGGAUAAGGCCAUCCUGCACAGCAUCGACUGCUGUGCAUCAGAUGAAACCAAACGCAAGAUGUACAGCUCCAUCCUGGUUGUGGGAGGAGGGCUUAUGUUUCAUGGUGCUCAGGAGUUUCUGCUUCACCGCAUCAUCAACAAGAUGCCACCCUCAUUCAGAAGGCUGGUCGACAACGUGGAAGUUAUCACAAGGCCAAAGGACAUGGACCCUUGGCUGAUAUCGUGGAAGGGUGGAGCAGUGCUGGCCUGUCUGGACACCACUCAGGAGAUGUGGAUCCACCAGAGGGAGUGGCAGCGCUUUGGCGUCCGAAUGCUCCGUGAGAGAGCUGCCUUUGUCUGGUGAAACUGAACAGAUUUUCCUUUAAUCUAACACUGUGUCCACACAGGCAGCGUUCAGGUGUUACUGAAAGCGCUCCAAGAAGAAUAUAGAAGUGAAGAGGAAAAAAAGACGCUUUUGGUGGCAUUCAGUUGUGUAUACAACUGAAAAACACAUCUGGUGUAAAGUAGACCAUUUCUUGUGCAAGAAAAGACAUCAGAUAAAUGUUCUAGAGUUUGUCAAAUACAUAGAGGAAGACUCUUGAUUGCUUGAUCAAAUUGACACAAUAAAGCAGUGUCAUGGUAAGAAAACCUCAAAUGUUGUACUACAGGCAAACAUAAGCAGAACACCAUCGAUAUCCAUGGUAGGAAAGUAUACUGAUAGUUACAGUAUGACAAUUAGAGCACUGCUAACACCAUAUUGACAAUUAUUGCAAAACAAUUUGAAUUUUACAUUGUUCCGUUUGCUUUUUCCACAAACCCAAAAGAGGUCAGUGUUGUGCAACUUUUGAACACACUCAAGAGGAAGUUUUACUUGUUAAUGUUCUGUAAAUAAUACUGUUUAUCCUUUUUAAUGGAAGUUUGAAUCUGCUAAUAAACCCUUGGACACUUGGAU